AUGCCAGUACUCCCGCGCAGACUAGAGGCCACCAAGCAGACGGAGGCCGCAUGGCACACCUCCGAGGAGCGUCGCCGCGUCGUCAUGGCCUGGGCCCACUCGGGCAUGCAAGGGUGGCGGCCGACCAUGGAGGACGACACCGUCGCCGAGUGCCUCGACCCGUCGGGCGGCACGUUUGUCUUUGCAGUGUUUGACGGGCACGGCGGCGACUACUGCUCGCGCACGGCAGCGGGAGCGGCAGCGAGAGGACGCCGCCUCUAG